AAAUUGACACAGUCGACUCGGCGUUGCGUUGUCGAAAAGUCCUUACCGUUUGUUCCUCCUGCCGUUGCUGGCAGUCUGCAAUUUGUGAGAUUUAAUGAAAUUAUUUAAAAUACAUUAACUUUUUGCCUGUUAACUGUGAGAAAACGUUUGAUAAUUGUUCGUAUUCAACCUGAAUAAGCUGAUGUCGAAUAAUUCGACAUUAAAAUGUAACUUGUACUGCUAAAUCUUGAAAUUAUGGACAUUCUUGUUGGGAUUUUCUUUUUCUUUCUCCUUCACACGUCGUCCGGGACUCCAGCAUAUAGUUACAAUCCUCCCAGUUCCUCCUGCAAUGACGACCAAUUACGACAGUGUGCUGACAACGCAGAGCCUGUUCUCCGUGGCUCGGACUUCGUGGUGCCUGCUACCAGUCGGGCCGUGAACCAGGUUUGCAGUGUUUGGGUAGAACUGACCAACUGCAUAGGAAACUAUACCAAAAGAUGCCUGACUCCGAAUAAAAGAGUGGAAUUCGAAACAGCAACAAAGGAUCCAAUCUCCGCAAUGACGAGUUUUUGCGGAAAUCCCGAACAACAGAAUGAUUACCUCAAUCAUGCUCCUUGCGUCAAGAGAAUUACUACACAAGACAAGUAUUGUGGCAAACAAUAUAAAUUCCUGAUUGAUCUUGUUGGGGACGGUACAAUAAAACAAGUCUGUUGUGCAAGAGCAAAAUUCAUGAACUGUCUCAUGGAAAGAACGCCUGAAAGUUGCGAAAAAACGAAAAAUGACUCUGCAAAGAAAUCUCCAACCAUGUUAGCUGUAGCUCUGCUGGACAGCUCGCUGGCUUUUAUGAGUCAAAGAUGCGAAUCUUCUAGGUUUCAAGAAUCAGAUUGCCCUGGAAUUGAUGUGCCUCGAGAGAAUAGCAAAGGUCCUUUGACCAAUGCUGGACAAGACACUACCCAAUUCCAGUUGGAUCAAGGUCACCAACAACCCCAACAGCAAGGUGGGUGGAUUGAGCCGAAUGGGUCAGGAAGUUCGGCAAAAAGGCCCACAACGACGACCAAGGAGAUUAAAGAACGACCAGUGGCUGAUCAGUUCGCAAGCACUGCUGGUAACAAGCAACGUCCCCAAGCAAACCCUGGGGGAAGAGGAGGUUCCGGUGAAAUUAGAGGAAAUAGUGGUCACUUAGUCAUUGGAUUUGUAAGCAUUGCAAUAUUCAGAGUCUUUAUGGCAUAGUUAUGAUUAGCCAGUCGAUUAGUAGGCGACUUCACAAGAGUUGAAUAAAAACUUAUUGAUACGAUU